AUGGAAGGUUCAAAGUUGGCACUUGAUGAGAUGCAGAGAUACAAUGUGCAACUCUCAAUGAUGGUGAAAGCACGAAAAGGGCUCAUAACAAGUGAUCCAUGGCGCAUUGGUCCAUGUAGCCCAUUCCAGCUUGCCGACAUGACAAAGAACAGAGAAUAUGGUUUGGACCCUAUUAAAUUAUGGUAUGGAUGUAUCUGUGUUGGCAACAGAGACAAUACCACACACGGACAGAGGAGAGAUACAUCAUUAAUUAUGAUCGUGAACCGAUCUGAAAAUAGCAAGGAUAAUGAAGAUCUCAUAAAUCGAUGGAAGGGGAAGCUGGUUGUUGUUGCUCAUGAAAUAGCAAGCAAUCAUGCAUCAGGGUUAGAUAGUUUAUACGACGAAGAGGUUGACUUCAAUUUAGACGACAUGGAUGAGUAUGAACAGUGGGAAGAAAACAUUGUGGAUGCUGCAGCAGACGUACAGGCAUACGAUGGGCCAGAGGAGCAGCGUUUGCUUCAAAAGCAGCUGGAUGAUGAGGCCCCAUUCCUUAGGGAUACUAUGCCUGAAGGCCGUCAUAUACCUGUCAUCGUCAAACAUAAUUUGAGGCAAUGUCGAGAACUCGCCCAGCGAAGCCCUGAUUUUUUUGUUGUGUUUGCUGUUGUGUUUGCUGCCGUGUUCUCUACUUUGAGGAUGCAAUCACAAUAA